CUCCCAACGAAGCAAAAACCGCCAUGAGCUUCGCGCAGCCAUGGGUAACCAAGCAUUGAGGCAAGCGAAUCAGGACCUCUGUCAGGCUGUGCAAAGAGGGGAUGUCCAAAGCGUGGAGAGGUUGUUGCGGCAAAAUGCGCAACAAGGUUCUCAGCAGGUGCUGAACGAGGUCUCGGCCGAACAUGGAGGAUCACCACUGCUGAUUGCAGCGAAGAAUGCCAGGUUGGACCUGGUGACGCUGCUCCUGGACGCCUCCGCGGAUCUCCAUGGCCGCGACGCCACGCAGUGGACGGCGCUGCACUGCGCCGCGCGCACCGCCGCGGCGCCGCACUGCACGGGCUGCGUGCAGCUGCUGCUGGCGCGACGGGCCGAUGCCUUUGCGGCCACGGAGCUGGGGAGCACCCCACUGGAUUUGGCCCGUCGAAGUCGUUGCAAGAGUUGUGUGCGCGCUCUUGAAGCGCAUGCUGUGUUGUGGCAGGGCUGGGUGGAUCACGAGCAAAAACUCCUGAUGAUCCCCACGGUGAAAUCCAAAUGGCUCGUCCUGGUGCGGGACCGGAGACACAACACGGGUCCAAGCCUUUUCGCACGGGGCGACUUCCAUAACUUCAUCAAGAAGGCUCAACAUAUGGUGCGUGAGCACCUAUCGACAACAUCCAUGAACCAUCGAUGUCCCUGCUGUGGCAAGUCAAAUCCCAUUCCUGACUUCGUCGAGACCUUCCGAUGUGAGCAUUGCAAGACGCUGCUGGUGAUUCCCACCUCCUUGCAGCUGGCACUCUACGAGGCCGAGGCCAAUGGAGAUGUGGAACCCGAGCCCUCUAUGGUGCUUCCCAUCCCCACAGAUGGCAUGCAGCUGACGAUGGAUGGAGAGAAAGGUGGUUGGUUGCGAAAGCUUCUGGCAAACUCCGAUCGGCAGUAUGCCAUGACCAUUUCCCACACUCAGGACCACGUGACUCUGUUCCACCUUUCGUUGAGGUUCUCCAGUAGCAACGACCGCGAAGAGCUGGGCAAGUUGCUUCAAAGUCCACUGCUGAGGGGUAGGGGCUUGGCACCUGCCGAAGAAUAUUCCUCGUUGCUUACAUCUCCUGCUGCUGAUGCAGAGGAGCUUCCCAUUCCUUCUGCUCCACCCGCAGACUUUGAACGCUUUGAACCAUCAGCUCCGUCCGUGGCGCAGCAAGCGCAGCAAGCGCAGCAAGCGCAGCAAGCGCAGCAAGCGCAUUGGCCAGCCGCGGCUCAGGCAAUCUCCUCCACCGUCGCAGCCGCAGCUCCAGCUGCUCUAGCUGCAGCAGCAGCAGCCCCAACAGCCCCAACAGCCCCGGCGGGCGAUACAGAUGAUGGGCUUUGUGUAGUUUGCUUGGAACACCCGGCCGACACAGCGGUUGUGCCAUGUGGACAUUUAUGUGGCUGUCAUCGUUGCAUGACUGGCAUCAUGGCUGCUGAGCGACUUUGUCCAGUUUGUCGAGGUGAAGCAUCUUCCACGAUGCGAAUUUAUCGCUCCUAAUGCUCUGCUGAGACAAAUUUGCCUGGCACGUUCUGCCAUGGCCACGCACUGAAAGGCUCCUGCAUGGCUCCUGCCAUGUCUUUUGCUGCCUAAAUCGCCUUCCGUACAGUGCGGCGAUUUGAAAA